AUGUCUAGAGCGUCAGUUACAUUUCAAGAAGAAUACCCAAAUGAAAUAACUACACCAGUUAAAGGUUACUUGGUUGAAUAUGAAGCUUUGAUAGACCGUUUUUUUUCGGCAAUUGUAGCAUAUUCAGAAGGAGGGAAACAAAAAGAUCAAAUAUCACAAACACCAAUAGAAAUCAUGAAGGAAAUUAUUGCAUUGGACAAAAAGUUACAAAAAGGUCUUGACUUAAUCGAGGAACAUCAAAGAGUCCAUCGUAAACUUUUACAGAUGGAAAAUGAAAUUGACGCAGAAAAUCAAGCAAUAAUGGACUUGGCUUUGGCAUUGAAAACAGGAAAAGAACAACUUGAUGUAUGUUUAGAGGAGGCGCGAGUAACGAGACGAGUCAUUCAAACGGCACAAGAAUCUCAAGUUUCAGCAGAGGAUAUAUUGGAAUAUGCUAGGAAAUUAAGCCAAUAUACGUCAGCUCCACCCCACUUCAAUCCUACGGUACCUUCCUCGAUGACGGCUUUUCCACCUUACCCCGAUGAAACACGCAUGCGAAUGGGAUUAUUAUUUCGACAAUACGCGGAAGAAAAUUAUGAAGAAGAUGAAACACACGCAAGAUCAAAUUCUUUUGGUUCUGUAGAUAUUACGCAACAAACAAACCAAACAGAAGCUUUUAACUUGGAUUUGAAUCCUGAUUUAGAAUGA